AACUUCAUUAGUUCGUCGUUGUUAUUAUUGUUGUACACACUUAAGUGCAUUUAUUAAUAACAAUAGUUUACCUGACGGACCGACCAUUACAGGCAGAAAGCUUCAGGCACAGCACCCUACCCCCUACGCCGCAUAGACUUGAAGGUCGCGGAAUUUUUACCAAUUGGAAGAUAUAGUUGCCUGGUCUACUACUUGGCGUAGAUUAGUGAAAGGUGGUGGCCAGUUUGACCGUGGGAUUGAAGAACCUGCUAGAAAAAUAGCGGACUUUGUAUAUAAAUAAACCGUUGUUGCAGACGUACGGUCAAGUUCGUGAGCAGAACUGAUUUUGGAAGCAAUGUUAAGGAUUUUUGCAUUGUUAUUAUUUUUCGUGGCGGGCUAUUGUUACGGCGCUCCCGACCCUUACUACCCCCAACCAGACCCAUACGCCACGCCGCCACCAUGGAGAGGCCCGAUUCACGUCCCCGUCCUACGGCCCGACGGGGUACCACGAGAACCUCCGGAAGUAGAAGCCCAAAGGCAACACCACUUGGCUAAAGUCAACGAAGCUUACGCAACGGCCGCUCCCAAAGUAGGAGUGUGGCAGGGUGGCUACAAUAACCCAGCUCCCCAGUCGCAAUGGAAUCCCCCAGCCCAAUCGCAAUGGAAUCCGCCCCCGUCCAACCAGUGGAACCAGAAUCGCUGGAACGGACGACUGCCCGAAUUCGGCCCAAACGGGCAGGUGAAAGAAACACCGGAAUUUGAGGCAAUCAAGCAACAACACCUCGCCGAAUACAGUCGUGCCUUGGCCAGGUCAGGAGCGCCGCAAUAUUAUUAAAAUUGUUGGUAUAUCAUCAGCAAAUUUUUAUUUUGUAAAUAGUUUAAGUAUUUGUGCAAUAAAUAACAUAGUUUAAGGUGAA